UUUUUUUACUUUUUUAAGAGAUUGGAUAAGUUUUGAUGAACAAAACAACGAUGUAAUUAUUUCUGUUUUUGAUUCUGAUGAACAAAUGUUAGAAUCUGAAACUAUUAAUGUUGAUGAAUAUUUAGAUGGAUUUAAAUUUAAUAAAUUUCAUGUUUCGAGUGUGGAAGAACAAAUUGGAGAUAUUGCCCCAACAAAGUUUAGAAAUUGUAUUCGUUUUACUCCUCAUUUAGUUUGUUGUUCCUCGCAAGGGAAUGGACAUAUGCAUUUAACUAAAUGUUUUUUGGAGACUAAAGAUAAUAUUCAAAUAUCGGCAGCUUCUUUUUAUGAUUUUGUCCCUCGUUGGCAAACAUUAGUUGAUGGAGAAGCUCUUUUACUUUUACAUAAUACAAAAAAGCAUGCAAUUCUUGACUUAAAAAGAAAUAUGUAA